CAGCUGCCAACACUAGACCACAGGGCUGGUGGCUUGCAGGAAGAUGAAAAGCAGAAACUAUUGAUCAGAACCAGAGAACCCGGAACCACAGCCUCCUGGAGAUUCUGAGAGCUCAGCUGGAUCAGUAAGCUGGACCAGCAGGCUGGACCAUAGACACAGUCAGUGUCAAGUAUCACUGGGAAAUCUCCAGGAACCUAAGCUCUCCGGUCUCAUCUGCUCCAUCCUUUGAGGCUGUUUCCCUGAGAGAAAGUGUUGGCAGCACCAGCAAGAUGUCCCAUCCCAUAACCAAUGAGACGAUAGCAGUGCUUGAGGGUCAUGGCAUCCAUCUCCAUUUGCCCCAAACAAAGAAACCUCCUACCACCGUCCCAGCGCAGGAAAGCCUGAAGAAGCGGCUGCAGGCAGAGAGUAACGUGUUUGGGGUCAUCCAGAUCCUGUGUGGCGUGAUGGUGUUGAGCUUGGGGGUUAUUCUGGCAGCUGCUCCGGCUUCCCCCUAUUUUACUGCCCACUUUUCUCUACUGAUAGAUUCUGCAUGCCCAUUCUUAGGAGCCCUGUGUUUUAUCGUCUCUGGAUCUCUCUCCGUUGUCAUAGAGAAGAAGCGAACUAAAUCUUUGGUUUGCAGCAGCCUGGCCUGCAGCUUCUUGAGCACUAUAUUCGCCCUGGGAGGAAUCACUUUGCUGUCUUAUACCCUGGAUGCUUUGGAAUCUGCCUUUCAGCAUUGUGAGUUGAGCAGAACGUCACAGCCAAACACCACAGAUUAUUCUUACUAUUACCAAGACAAGUACAGCAGUGGCUGCCUCUCUGCCAAAAUCAGUCUAAUGGGCACCAUGCUUUUGAUGCUGAUCUGCAUGACACUCGAGCUCUGCCUAGCUGUACUCAUGGCUGUACUGUGGUGGAAACAGACUCUGUCUAACUUCUCUGGGACUGUCCUGUUCCAACCUCAAACUUACAAGAAUAAUUCCAGCAUAAUUCCAAAAACACAUGUUAACCCUGGAUAUGAAGAGCUAGUAACUCCUUAAGAAAAGAGAUAGAAAACAUUCAAAAGCAAGUUGGUCUUUAAAGUAAUACAGAAGAUAUACCUUCAGAAGAUAGCAAAGUUUGAGGUCCCUUGAUGUGAGCUCUCUCAUACAAUGAGCAUUAAAGGUCUUGAUUAAUGUG